AUUUUACUAUAGAAUUUGAAGAAGUAACUAUGCACUCAUAGUUAUUAAUUUUCUCAUAAAGUGGUGCUCUGAAAUACAAAAUUUUGAAUCGAAGAAUAAGAUAAGAAGAAAAAUUGAUAUUUUUUUUAGGUUUCAUUUGUGUUUUGAAUUUUUUAGGUUUUUCAACCUACUACUCUAGUCAAAAUGAAGUGUUACGUAAGUCUCGUAUGUUUCUUAAGUGUUAUCGUGUUCGUGAAUUCUGCCCCGUAUAAUAAUAACCCAGGUACCCAACUACAGCAGCUUGGAAGCAACGACAAUGGAGGAGGACUAACUAAUAUUUUAUCACAAAUUGAUUUACCAGGAUUAUUACAAGGAAUUAAUAGUUUUGUAAAAUUAAUUGGAACAUUUUGCACCCCUUGUGGGCAGGUAUUGGACAAUGUUAUCCAAAAUGUAACAAGUACCGCUUUUCGAAUAUUCGGUAGGGCUAUUUUACAAGGAGGAGCUCUUGGCGGUAGAUCGGGAGGAGGAGGCGGUGGAAACACAGUAAAUGUAGUCCUCCCUACUUUCCCGCCAGACGAAGAUGAUUACGACGAAGACGAAACUAGUUCCGAAGUAUCAGAUGAAACAAAUAAAAAUUCGGCAACCACAGCGACUAAUCUACAAUCGGAUUUGAUAACUUCUUCUCCGUUAGACGAAAACAACUUGAUAUCGAAGAGACACAUAAGAGCCGUAGUAGACGACCAAGCACUAGCAGAAUCAGCUCCUGAACCGGCGGAUCUAGCAGACAUAGAAGACGACCAAGAUCGGAAUAAGAGAUUCCUACCUUUCGGAGGGGGUGCCGGCUCCGGAGGGUCUGGAAAUUUCUUAUUCGAUAUUGUCAGGCUUGUAGCGGGAUCAGGAGCCACCGAAGAAUCUGACGAAAAAGCAAACGCUCCAGAUGGCGCUGAAAGCGAAGCACAGCAUAAAAGCGUAGACGCUCAUUACAGUGAAGGAAUUCCCGGACCAGUCACCAGAUUACUCGUCAUUGCCAACAGAGGUUUAGCUAAUUUAAUCCAAGAUUUAAUCCUUCGCUUAGCCCAAACCAGUGAGAAAUUAGUCAAUUUCAAGGCUCGUUUGAUAACAUCCCUCAUCUAAGAAAAUGAUGCCAUUUAUUCCAUAGACGUAUUUCUACAUUUUUUUGUACAGAGAUGUUUCUAUAUACCUACUCAAAGCUGUCGAGAUUUUUAAUAAACUCUACUACGAUGGGUACAUUAUAGAAAUUUGAAAUUAUCAGUUUUUAAUUAAUUUAUCAACCCCUUUUUUUGUUAUUUUAUUUAAAUUUGUAUAUAGCGAUAGUAUUCUUAUUCGGAUGUUGUCUUGAAAUUUUAUAUCACUUUUCUUGCCAAUUUCGCACCGUUUUCUAUCUAUUAUAUACGAAAAAAAACCAAGGUUUCAUCUAAAAACAAAAAUUUCCCAAUUAAUUUUGAUAAAGAAAUAACUUUUCAAUAAUUAUAUUCCAUCAUUAUUUAAAAAUAUCUCAAUACAACCCUGUUACUAUUUAUUUUAAUUUCUCGCACCAGUGGAAUCAAAAGUGGGAUAAAAUUGUUUUUUUAAUUUUCUUUUAAUAUUCUUGACUAAUAUUGAAACUUGGUAUAUGUAUUAUCUAUAUCUUCAAUAUUCUUUUGUGGAAUAUAAUAACCUGAAGAAUUGCUCACCUUAAAGCUAUUAAAAUGUCAAAAAUGAUUUAUCUUGAUCAGUGCAGAGCUGUAGAUAGAAUUUUUUGUUAAUAUCCUUGUAUAGAUGUAUGAUAAAAAUAAUUUCGUUAUAAUUUGUGUUACUAUUGUAGAUUUCUACUUGUAAAUUGAUUAUAUAUUUUAUUAUUGUGAACAUUUGAAUAAAACUUUUUUUACUAA